UUUGUUCUUCCUCCUGUGUGACGUCUUCGAGGUGUUCUCAACCGCGGAACAGAUGUUGGCCAAACACGUGUUUCACUGGGACAAUAGUGAGUGGUGCACGUUUCCUUCGCCCGGCCACAGACCAAUAAAAAAAGUCCCAUUUAAGAGUUGCUGGUGUAACAAUAGGAAGAAUAUAUUCCACUCCUCUCUUCUACACGCGCCUUAUGAGAUGAACGCUCGUCAAGAAGAAUGUCCCUUGCAGCAGCAGGAGGGUCUGCAGCCCCCCCACAUUAAAGAAGAAAAGGAGGAUCUCUGGGUUACUCAGGAGGAAGAGUGUCUUCUAGGGCAGGAGGAGGCUGAUCUCAGCAAGUUUCCACUGACUGUUGUCUCUGUGAAGACUGAAGAGCAUGAAAACAAACCACCUGAGUCCUCACAGCUUCAUCACAAUCCAACAGCUGUCAAAGAGGCAGUUAUGACUUUUUUUGCUCCUCCAUGGCUUCCAUCAGAGACACUGGUGGUCACCGCAGCCCUCCGUCUUUCAGACCUGCAGCAGCCCCUUCACAUUAAAGAGGAAGAGGAGGAUCCACAGCCCCCCCACAUUAAAGAGGAAGAGGAGGAAGUGUGGAUCACUCAGGAGAAAGAGUGUCUUCUAGGGCAGGAGGAGGCUGGUCUCAGCAAGUUUCCACUGACUGUUGUCUCUGUGAAGACUGAAGAGCAUGAAGACAAACCACCUGAGUCCUCACAGCUUCAUCACAGUCCAAACGUCCAGCAGGUGUCAGCAGGGAGUCAUGAAGAGAUUCCCUCCGGGCAGCAGGAGUGGCACACCAGUGUGGGACAGAAGGAGCUACAGGCCCCCUCCCACAUUAAAGAGGAGCAGCUUCAUGAUGAAGAUGAAGCUCAGUCCUUACAGCUUCAUCACAGUCAAAGCGACGAGAACAGAGGGGCGGAGCUUGUAAGUCAACACAUCACAGAAGCUGAUGGAGAGCAUUGUGAAGAUAUAAAGUCAGAACCAGGGAGCAUCUUUGCUCCACUGUCAGACAUGGACCACAUGAUGUCAGACUCUUCUGAUCACAGUGACCACAUCCAAAAACUUUUGGAGAGUAAAAAUGACUCUAAAGGGGAUACUAGACAUCACACUAACAACAAACACUUUGACUGCUCUGAAUGUGGAAAAUCAUUUAGACGGAAGAAUAAUUUUACAGUACACAUGAGAAUACAUACUGGAGAGAAACCUUUUACUUGCUCUGUUUGUGAGAAAAGUUUCUCCACAAAGCAACACAUGACCACACACAUGAGAACGCACACUGGAGAAAAACCUUUUGCUUGCUCUGUUUGUAAGAAGAGUUUCUCCAUUAAGCCUGCCAUGACCACACAUAUGAGAACACAUACUGUAAAGAAACCUUUUACUUGCUCUGUUUGUAAGAAGAGUUUCUCCAUGAAGCUUACCAUGACCAAACACAUGAGAACACAUACUGGAGAGAAAGCUUUUACUUGCUCUGUUUGUAAGAAGAGUUUCUCCACAAAGCAACACAUGACCACACACAUGAGAAUACAUACUGGAGAGAAACCUUUUACUUGCUCUGUUUGUAAGAAUAGUUUCUCCACAAAGCAACACAUGACCAGACACAUGAAAACACACACUGGAGAGAAAGCUUUUACUUGCUCUGUUUGUAAGAAGAGUUUCUCCAGAAAGUUUGACAUGACCACACACAUGAGAAUACAUACUGGAGAGAAACCUUUUACUUGCUCUGUUUGUAAGAAGCGGUUCUCCAGAAAGCUUGACGUGACCACACACAUGAGAACGCACACUGGAGAGAAACCUUUUACUUGCUCUGUUUGUAAGAAGAGUUUCUGCAGAAAGCUUGACAUGACCACACACAUGAGAACACACACUGGAGAGAAACCUUUUAGUUGCACCGUGUGUGCUAAGAUGUUCCGGUAUAAGUAUCAGGUCAGUAAACACAAGUGUGUAACAGUCAUGAAAGAUGCUGGGAUUUAAAAACAGUUAAACGGCGAUUGUGCUAAAUCUUCUUUAAAAACACAGCAUGUUUAAUAUGAAUGUGUAUUUGAUGUUUUAUGUAGUGCUUCUCAUCUUCUAGUGUUAUAUGUUGUCCUGUAGUUACUUUUUAAUUUGUGUGCGUGAAUUGAAUAUUACAUAUGUAGCUACUCUUUUUUUUUCUCAUCUUUGAAGACAGGAAAACUCAUUGUUUUCAUUUGUUUUUGUGUCUUAUAAAAUAAAACAAGGUUUC